AUGGAUACAUCUACCUUGAAACAUCACCUCCUCUUUGCCUUUCUCUUCCUCCUCUUUUUACACCCUGCUGCCACCACCACCACCACCACUACCACUGCUGUCACCACCACUACUGCUGCAACCACCACACCAAGUAUAGACACCACAAAUAUGACCACAUUAGAUUAUAUAGACUAUUUUAUGAAUAGUACUGAUAUAAUAGGAGAGAAUGAGACUAUUACUACUACUAUGACUCCUACUACAACUGCUGCUGCUGAUGGUGAUGAUGAUGAUGAUGGUGAUGAUAAAAAGGAGGAUCUGAAAGAAGAGUUAUUUUUGGGAGACUUCUGCUUGUGUGAUUUGAAGGUUGAUGUGUGUGACGUCAACUGUUGCUGUGACACUGACUGCAGUGCCUCUGACCGCCUGGCCUUCUCACACUGCCUUCCCCGCCCCUCUCCCACCCCUGAACACCGGUACUGCCUCCAACACAAGAUCGUCUUCUCGUCCACUGAGGAGUACAAGGUGGAGGUGGAUCAGGGCGGCCUCACGUGUGUGCUCAUUGAUAACCUGCCUCACCACGCCGCCCAUACGCCCGUCAAGGUGGCAAGGACACUGGAGGAGUUUGAGGCGCUGCAGAGGAGGAGCAAAGCCUUCCCGUGGCCAGAGACCCCAUUACAGCGAGACUCACAAGAUGCAGACACCACACCUCAAGAUGACAGAUACAAUUAUGGUGAUUCUGUGUGGGGCUAUGAGAGUGAUGGUGUUGUGGUCAAGAUGGGCCUCCCUACAGCUAUCAUAGGAAGUGAAUGCCAGGCCCAAGAGGACAUCCAGUACUUGCAGGACACCAGGACAGCAUGCAGCCGAGUCCUUCAGGGUCCCAAGGGAUGCCAUGCUCCUGAGCUCAGCGCCUCCACCUACCUUACCCUGACGGUCUUAUCUGGUGCCCCUACUGAACCUGAGAGUGUCAACACCACUGAAGACCUGGACAACACCACAACCACACCUCCAACACUAGAAAACACCACCACAAUCCCUCCUACCACACCAGACACACCAGCACCUACCCCAGAGGACACCAACAAGACAAACACAAUAGAAAUCACACCAUAUCUUUGCCAGACGGAAACAAACGGCGAGGAAACAUGCACUGAGGUGGAGCUGACAGACUUACCAACACCGACAUACACAAACAGCGAAUGCACCAACACACUACAUCGAUUAGACUACAUUUUCAUACACAAUGGAGUAGAAGGGAUGGUGGAAGUGAGAGCAAUGGUUCGACUGGGAAAUACAUCAGUGCAGGGAAGGUUACAGAGGCAGGAGUUCAGUGCUAAGUUUGUGUGGGAGGACAGCCUGGACGAGGAGGUGUUUGAGAGGAGUGGCCGGCCGGGAUAUGUGUUUGGAAAGCCUCUCCUCCUCGGACGUGUUGUGGAGAAUGUCACUGAAGAAGGUGAAGUCAGGUCAGCCAUCAGUCUUGACCUUGAUCCGACAAAAUGGCUGACCGUCCUUUCCCCGGGCAGCAGAGGUCACUGCCACAGUCGCACCCAGGUCAAAUUUGGCAUUGAUAUGAGGUCCAGCUGCUCCCUUGAGGUGACCCAAGAUGACCUGGGCUGUGAUGGGCUGAGAAGUCAAAUCUUGGGGUUACUCUUGGGGUCAUAUCUUGGUGACCUCGGUGCGCUGAGGAUUGGAAGCUAUGGAGAUGCGAAUGUGGUCAAUGUGGCUGACUGGGUGCCCAUCUUGGUGCCUGUGGAGUCCAGAGGGAUUUCUUCAGACAGGAGAAGAACAUCAGGCUGCCAAAGUAUCAUCAAGUCAGUUCAUCUGGAGAUCUUCUAUAGCUUGCAGGGAGCAUUGCAUAACCCACAAGCCAAGAUCAUUGCAGUUGUCUUGCGUCUCGGCCCUCCUCAGAUCUUCCCCAUGAUUCAGAAGGCUUCCACUACCUCCUCCUCCUUCACCUCCACCUUUUCCCUGGAGCUCUUCUCUACUGUAGCAUUUGUUGAGGUAAAGAACACACCACUUCCAGCAUAUGCAAGGCCACCCAGUCUAGACAUUAAGUUGCCCUAUGAUUUCUUCUACCCGUUUCUUCCAUCUAGUGCGUGUGUGUGUGUCAUGCGCAUCCAUCUGUGUGUCAUGUGUUUGUUCUGUGUUUUGUUUGUGGUGUGAAUGUUAUCUCUUUCUUCCAUUUAGUGUGUGUGUAUGUAUGUUUGUGUGUUU